UGUGGCUGCGCUGAGAGCCGGCCGCGCAGGGUCUGUCCCCGCCGCCUGAGAGGUCGGCUGUGCAGCCGGGCAGGAUGACCAGCCCCACGGCCACGCAGAGCAAGGACAUAGACUGUCUGAGUCCAGAAGCCCAGAGGCUGGCGGAGGCCAGGCUUGCGGCGAAGCGGGCGGCCCGCGCCGAGGCCCGCGAGAUCCGGAUGAAGGAGCUGGAGCGGCAGCAGAAGGAGAUCUAUCAGGUUCAAAAGAAAUAUUAUGGGCUGGAUACAAAAUGGGGUGACAUCGAGCAGUGGAUGGAAGACAGUGAGCGCUACUCUCGUAGAUCCAGAAGAAACACGUCGGCUUCCGAGGAAGACGAGCACAUGUCAGUGGGUAGUCGUGGAAGUCUGAGGUCGCAGCCUGACCUGGAGUACAGGGGUCCCUACGCCUGGGUGAGAUGGUCAGAUAAGCCUUGCUGUGGAACUCAGAGUCUCCAUGGCAGGAGUCCUCAGAACUCCAGCUACAGCGGCGAUGGCAGAGCCUCUUUUUCAUCAACCAGGGAGGAGAAGUUGGGACUCUCCUGCUCUGACCUCGGGCCUCCCAGUGGUGGCCUUGCUGCCAGACCCCUGUCUGCCCAGAGUGGAAACCGGGCAUCGGUGUUUGAUGAGAGCAGCCUUGGUGGGGCUCGGCGGGGCAGUGCCUGCGGUUCCCAUGCUGUAAGGCGCUUUCUGGGUUUCCCAGUUUUUUCCCUGUCUGCUGGGUCUCGUAACAUGCCCAGCUUGUCCGCAGCCACGCUGGCCUCUCUGGGUGGGACUUCCUCUCGGAGAGGAAGCGGGGACACCUCCAUCUCCAUUGACACGGAGGCAUCCAUUAGGGAAAUCAAGGACUCACUAGCAGAAGUUGAAGAGAAAUAUAAGAAGGCUAUGGUUUCCAACGCUCAGCUGGACAAUGAAAAGACAAACUUCAUGUACCAGGUUGAUACCCUAAAAGACAUGUUACUGGAGCUUGAAGAGCAACUGGCUGAAUCUAGGCGGCAGUAUGAAGAGAAAAACAAAGAAUUUGAAAGGGAAAAACACGCCCACAGUAUACUGCAGUUUCAGUUUGCUGAAGUCAAAGAGGCCCUGAAGCAAAGAGAAGAAAUGCUUGAGGAAAUUCGACAGCUACAGCAGAAACAGGCGAGUUAUAUCAGGGAGAUUUCUGAUCUUCAGGAAACAAUAGAGUGGAAAGACAAAAAGAUAGGGGCAUUAGAGAGGCAGAAGGAGUUCUUUGAUUCCAUAAGGAGUGAACGAGAUGAUCUUAGAGAAGAAGUAGUCAUGCUGAAAGAGGAAUUGAAGAAACAUGGAAUAAUCCUAAAUUCAGAAAUAGCUACCAAUGGAGAGACUUCAGACACUCUUAAUAAUGUCGGAUACCAAGAAACUACCAAGAUGACGAAAGAAUUAAACACCUUCAAGUCGACCGGGGAUGGGACACUAGAUAUUAGGUUGAAAAAGCUUGUUGAUGAACGGGAAUGCUUAUUGGAACAGAUUAAGAAACUCAAAGGGCAGCUGGAGGAGAGACGGAAGAACGGCAAGUUAGACAAUCUGCGACCUGACGACGAUGUCUUAGAAAAUGGGACAGACGUGCAUGUCAUGGAUCUACAAAGGGAUGCCAACAGACAGAUCAGCGACCUCAAAUUUAAACUUGCAAAAUCUGAGCAAGAGAUAACUGCACUAGAACAAAAUGUAAUAAGGUUAGAGAGUCAAGUAUCACGUUAUAAAACGGCUGCUGAAAAUGCAGAAAAAAUAGAAGAUGAACUUAAGGCUGAAAAACGGAAACUCCAAAGAGAGCUUCGCUCUGCAUUGGAUAAAACAGAAGAGCUUGAGGUGAGCAACGGCCACUUAGUGAAGCGUCUGGAAAAAAUGAAAGCAAAUAGGAGCGCACUCUUGUCCCAGCAGUGAAUAUCAGCUCUGAACAGGCAACGAGUUGGGGACCGCGAGCGCUGUGUCAUAGGCUUUUCUUUGUACCGUCUGGGAGAGCUACCUCUCUCCUGCCUUCUGAGAACAACACCAGGUGAGCACUGGGCUCAUAGGUGCUCCCAUGCCAACAUUCACCCGAGGGAGCCCCAGCAGCCACCAGAUGCCACUGUCCGCAGACCCCUCGUCCAGGUGGGCCAGCGCUCAGAAGCUGCAGGUUACUGCAUAAGCACACCAGGCCUCGCGGGAGCACAGCAUCUGAUGGCACAGCAGCCUCUUAAUGCCAUUACAGAUGGUGAUCAAAGUAAAGAUUAAGGUGGGACUUGAGUUUUUGUGUGUCUUGCUGAAGAUUAAGGGGAAAUUUUACAGUGUUGGGAUUUCCUUUCGUGGCAGAUUCUACAAUUUGAGCGAUGUCAGUAGUAUCUCUUAGUCUAUGCUUUUCAUACACAAAACACUGUGGAACCACAAAAGCCAUUACCAAGCAAAACUUUCACUGGAAACAAGGGGAUGGUCUAGAAGUAAAAGUGACCUUAAGAAGACUCUUUACAGGCAACAAAUGAAGCUUUUCUAAGGGAUUUUUGCAUCAGUUCAGUCAUAAGAAUACUUUUUUCCAGGGUAAUUAGGCAAUAGCUUCACUGAAAAUGACAGCUUUUCAUUUGCAUUAUUUAAUCCUUAUAUUUGGAAUUGAAGUUGUUAACUUCUUUUAAAGAAUGUACUAUUAGAAAAAUAAAAAAUGAAAUGUUAAAAUACA